AUGUUUUUCUACAACACUGAUUUCAGGAUGGGCUCCAUCAGUGCAGCAAAUGCAGAAUUUUGUUUCGAUGUAUUCAAUGAGCUGAAAGUCCAGCACACAAAUGAGAACAUCUUGUAUUCCCCCCUGAGCAUCAUUGCAGCCUUGGCCAUGGUCUAUAUGGGAGCAAGAGGCAACACUGAGUAUCAGAUGGAGAAAGCUCUUCACUUUGACAGCAUUGCAGGACUUGGAGGAAGCAGCCAGACAAAGGUACAGAGACCUAAGUGUGGCUCUUCUGAAUACAUCCACAAUUUGUUCAAGGACUUUCUCUCGGAAGUUACCAGGCCAAAUGCUACAUACUCACUCGAGAUUGCUCACAAACUCUACGUUGACAAAACAUUUGCAGUUCUUCCGGAAUACUUAAAUUGUGCGAGGAAGUUCUACACAGGAGGAGUGGAAGAAGUUAACUUCAGAACAGCUGCUGAAGAAGCAAGGCAGCUCAUAAACUCCUGGGUGGAAACAGAGACAAAUGGACAGAUCAAAGAUUUGCUUGUAUCAAGCUCCAUUGAUUUUGGUACAAUGAUGGUCUUUAUUAACACCGUUUACUUCAAAGGGAUAUGGAAGACAGCAUUUAAUACAGAAGACACUCAGGAAAUGCCCUUCAGAAUGACAAAGCAAGAAAGCAAACCUGUGCAAAUGAUGUGUCUGAACAAUACCUUUAAUGUGGCCACACUGCCUGCAGAGAAAAUGAGGAUCCUGGAGCUCCCAUACGCCAGCGGAGAGCUGAGCAUGUUGGUGCUGUUGCCUGAUGAGGUUUCUGGCCUGGAGCGGAUUGAGAAAACAAUUAACUUUGAAAAACUCAGAGAGUGGACUAGUACCAAUGCAAUGGAAAAGAAGAGCAUGAAAGUGUACCUGCCCCGCAUGAAGAUUGAGGAAAAAUAUAACCUCACAUCUAUAUUAAUGGCCUUGGGAAUGACUGACCUGUUCAGCCGUUCAGCCAACCUGACUGGCAUCUCUUCAGUAGAUAACCUGAUGAUCUCUGAUGCUGUCCAUGGGGCGUUCAUGGAAGUCAAUGAAGAGGGCACUGAGGCGGCAGGUGCAACAGGGGCAAUUGGAAACAUCAAGCAUUCCCUUGAGUUAGAAGAGUUCAGGGCUGACCACCCAUUCCUCUUCUUGAUCAGAUUCAACCCAACCAAUGUUAUUCUAUUCUUUGGUAGAUAUUGGUCUCCCUAA